AUGUCCGCGCUGGGACAGCUUAGUGCUAUCCGGCCCGUACAAUCAUUCAUCACAACGCUCCUUGGACCUCUACAACCAUCAUGUCCCCCCCUUCCCCUCCCCAAACGCGCCAUGAUUCUCGAGCUUCCAGACGAGCUUCUUUGGGGCAUAUUCUCCCGAUGCAUGGACCCGCACUCGUCGCCGUUUAGCACCGAAAACCCGCUCUGGCCACUGAUGAAAGUUUGCGUUCGUUGGCGCAAUGUAAUCCUCGAUGCGCCGCAAUUCUGGCGCCAUAUCAGUUUCCCCGACUGGAGGAAGCGCGGGCGGGUAGAAAACCUCGAACAGGAUGCUGCCCGUGUCUCACAACAAGUAGAAAACUCUGGGGAGGUCCCAGUAACCAUCAACCUCAUUCCCAUUCCCGGCUCCGAUGCAGUCGUCGAUACUCUGUUGACAACCUCAACGCGCGUGGAGGCAGCAAACUUGGUUCUCGACAAGCACUUGUUGCAGCGCUUUUCUAGCCACGCGGAGGGUUUUCCGAUACUCUCCAAGUUGGUGGUGCAGUUAUCCGAGAAACUCGAAGAGUCAGAAGAAAAAGCGGCUGCAAACUUUUUUGGUGGGCUGCAGGCACUGACGAAUUUGUCUGUGACGAGUGAAGUCGCGGUCGACUGGGUGCCCGUUCUCGUGCCUCUUCAAACUAUGUGGAGCCAGCUUCGUGUUUGCGAGCUCACGGAAAGCGUGGUGGACGAUGUACUCUUUAUUCUGCCGCAUCUCUCACCGGGAACUCGUCUUGCGCUGAUUCUGGGGCAUCUCAGACGGACAGAGGAGGUGGACACACUUCCGAUUAUCGACCAUUGCAACAUCCAGUCGCUGUCUUUCGACCGCUGCGGUGACGAAUUCGUCUCCCUCAUUCUGGGGAGGAUUACCGCCCCGUCACUCCAGCGCCUCGCAAUCUGGUGGUUCAACCGAAGCCCGCAUCUGGACACCAUAACCGCGAUGCUGCAGCGCUCGUCCGCGUCCCUCACCCAUUUCGCGAUGCGGUUGCUGUGCGCAAAUGCAGCUCGCCGCCAGGGUCUGGAUGGGGACACGAUGGUCGCCUUAUUCGAGUUCCUCAAUUCAGAACACGUGCGCGAUCUAAUCGACCUUGACUUGACUCUAGUCAGUCGAUAUACGCCGCCAACACUGGAGCUUUUGGAUGCCCUCGCUGGCGUCCCCAAUCCAUGGGAGCCCGACCUCAAGCUGCCCACGCUGCCCAAAUUGCGGUCGCUUGCGCUGCGUGCCUAUGACGAGGAGGACGGCGAGUGGGAGAGGCGGUUGCUGGCCAUUGCGGCGAAGCGGACGCCGGUGUUCAGGUCGCUGUGGCUGGACGACCCGCUGCUUAACCCGAGUCUUGGCCAUCGUGCACUGAAGAAUCUCCGCCAGAAGCUGGAGAAGCAUGGGGUAGAGCUAGUAUGUUCUUAUGACGGCGACAUGGGGACAUGGUAA